UAUUAUUAAGUUGAUGUAUCUCUUUAUUGGGUCUGCAAUGUUUUUAGUUGUCGGACUUCUUGGAAACCCCUAAAUAGACGUGCAUGUGUUAAAAUGAGAAAAAGCAGGCUAGUGGUAUUCAUUUUUUCUUUACUAAAAAAUCCAUGGUUUCCCGGUAGAGCCCCAUUUAUUUUAUUACUGAUGUCUAGAUUAUACAACAGAACCUCGACUUAAACUUGCAAGCAUUAAGUUAUUACCAUAUCUCUGAAAUGUCCUGUACUGUUGCAUCAAUCUUCCAAAUGAAACAGCUACUAAUAAUAUUCAAGUCUAAAUAUGCCUCAAAAAAUUCCAACAACUAGCACAAUCCUGUAAAUGCAUUCGUCUAAUUGCCGGGUUGAUGGAUUCGUGGAUGCCACCUACCAAAAUGGUGAAAACUAAAAACUAAAGCAAAAGAAUAGAUUGUAAAAUUUUAAGGCAGGAAUUAUUAAUAUUAUUUAUUUAAAAAAAAAAAAGCAAAGGAUGGAGUGGAAAUGAAAAGCAAUUAUUCUGGUAUCGAAAAGGUAAAAACUUUACUAAUCCCACGAUAAGACAGCACAUUUUGGAUAAUAAUCAAUUAUCAAUGGCAUUAAAUAUUAAAAGAAAAAAUAAAUUGAAAAAGCCAAAGCUCAGCACAAAUUCCUGUGCUGUGUUAACCGAACCAUAACAACGGUCCAGAUCUCACCAACAGACAAACCCACGGCCAAGAUGAAGUCAUGUAGAGGAUCCUCCUUUGUCGCACAGGGUUCGAUGGAUCGCUUUCGGUCUCGUGAUAGGGACAUGAGGCGGCAACAGAGACCCUUCUGCCAACGUGGCAUUGGAACCCACCUCUCUGCUCCUCCUCUGAAAGGCGGGAACCCAGUUUUGUCCUCAGAAGGAGAAAGAAUGGUCCUUUUUAACUCUCAUCCACACUCAACACUGUUUCCUUUUUCAAUAUAAUAGAUUUUUAAAAUUUUAAUACACAAUCUUCGCUGCUCUACUGCAUGUAUAAUGUAUAUGUGUAAGUGUAUAAGAGAACGGAGAGAGAGAGAGAGAGAGAGAGAGAGAGAGAGAGAGACUGAAAGAGGCUCCGUCUGGCUAAGUAGCAAAUAGGUGUGACUCUGAGUCUCUUCUUUCUUUCUUUACCUACUAUAUUAGAAUUUGCCUUCUCUUCUCAAACAAUAAUUUGGGUUUUUGUAGUUACUGUGAUUUUCUCUAAGGAAAAAGAAAGACAGCAACUCUUUUCUCUCUGCGUUUAAGCUGCUAAGAAGAAGGAUUGGUCUUUUUCGGUCUUCUCUCUUAUUUGGUUCUUCCCACAUUCUUUGCAUAAAUGUGGCUUUGAGAGUUGGGUUAUCUAUUUUCUUUUCUUUUUCUUCUUUUCUUUUUUGGUAUUAAUUAUGGGAAUAAAAAAGAUUGUUUGAUACCUUUGGUGUUAGAUUCAUGUAGAAAAGCCACGACUUUGAAGUCCUAGAAAUGGGAAUCGGACACCAUAUGAUUCCUUAGCUGUCUUUCUUGUGAAGAUUUUGAGUUUCAAAUUCGAUUUUUAUCUCAUUAUAUUCCUCAUGAAAUCAUAUUCUUCAUUUUCAGUCUGAUUGCCUUUCGGAUAUUAAAAACUGAACUUUUUGUCUAAAAUCUUGCUAUUGAACUGCAAAGUUUCGCUUUCUGCUCGAGUUUGUAACCUGAAGAUGUGGGUUCUCAGGGCUCUUUGGUUUUGAGCUUCUGCUUUCAUUUAUAGGAUUUUGGUGCUUGUGGACCUUACAGAGUCUUAUGGAGAAAAGAAGAUACAGUCCUCAACUUACUUGCAAAGUCACAGCUCUGCUUUUGCUGUUGAGUUUUUGCUUUCACCCAUCAAUAGUACAAUGCUUAGAAAGUAGAACUAGAAUGACAAGGCAUCUCUCUACUCAACCUCCAUCGCCUUCUAGGCCAUCCCAGUUCAACACUGGACUCAAGAGAAUCCUUAUCAGCGUCAUUUUAGGAGUCUUAACUGGAUUAUCAGGGGCCAUUCUUUGUGCCUAUUUAGUCCGUUGCUUAGUCCGCUACAUGAACAGAACUCCAAUCCUCAAAGGCCCUGUUAUAUUUUCCCCAAAAAUUGCUUCCAAAACUCUUCAAUCAGCUCUUGCAAGUGAAAACCAGUUGCUGGGUUCAAGCUCAAACGGGAAUUACUACAGAACUGUUCUAGACAAUGGGCUCACAAUUGCUGUCAAGAGGCUCGAACCAUUUGAGAGUGGCUCACCAGAGAGGCAGAACAAAUCUGUCAAGCGAAGGAUACAGCAGGAGCUGGAAAGACUAGCAAGCUUGAGACAUAGGAAUUUGAUGAGUUUAAGGGCUUAUGUUAGAGAAUCUGAUAGAUUCUCUCUGGUCUAUGAUUAUGUGCCAAGUGGGAGUCUUGAAGAUGCAAUGAGCAGAGUGAGGGAAAAUCAUUUGCAACUCAGUUGGGAAGUUCGACUUCGGAUUGCUGUUGGGAUUGUUAAGGGGCUUAGGUAUCUUCACUUUGACUGUGUCCCUCAAAUUUUGCAUUACAAUUUAAAGCCUACAAAUGUAAUGUUGGAUGCUGAGUUUGAACCAAGGUUGGCAGAUUGUGGAUUGGCUAAGCUCAUGCCUAAUUUGGACAGAGCUACUUGUGGCUACAGUGCUCCAGAGUGCUUCCAGAAUUGCAGGUAUACAGAUAAGAGUGACAUCUUUAGCUUUGGGAUGAUUUUGGGCGUUCUGUUGACUGGAAGAGACCCGACUGACCCAUUUUUUGGAGAAGCAGCCAGUGGAGGUAGUUUAGGUCGUUGGCUUCGGCAUUUGCAACAAGCAGGGGAGGCAAAGGAAGCACUUGAUAAGAGUAUUCUUGGGGAAGAAGGCGAGGAAGAUGAGAUGCUCAUGGCAGUAAGGAUUUCUGUUGUCUGCCUAUCAGAUUUGCCUGCGGAUAGACCUUCAAGUGAUGAGCUUGUUCUCAUGUUAUCCCAGCUGCACAGUUUUUAACGUAAAUGUAACUAAUGGAAUUUUUCUGCUUUGAGGGCUUUGGUUCGCAUUUUUUGUGGAGUCUUUUUAACUCGUUCGCAAGCUGUGGAGAGGCCGAGGCAUGGUGCUUGUAGUUGUGGCCUUCUUAGUUUUCUUGAAUAUUCUUUUUUUAUUUUUUAUGUUUUUCUUUUACGAUGUCGUAUACAUGACUUAUCAGUAAUGCUGUAACUCAAAAGUCUGAUAUAGUCAAGGGAAUUAUUACUAACGCCAAAGAAGAAACUGUUUUACCAAUGACUAUGGAGGACGCAUCUCUAUUA